AAGGGCCGAAGGAACCAUUUGCUAUUACGGCAACACACAGGGGCUUGGACGCAAAAACAAACUGCUCGCGAGCGAAACGAUUUGCCCGGGUGCGGGGCACGGAGCGUUAAAAGCCAUAAAGCUCUGUAACGCCGCCGUUGUGUUGUGUGCUCCCAUUCCACCGUCUGCUGCUGCCGCUCCGCCUCCCCACUCCCACCGCGCCCCCAUUCUUUAUGAUGGACCGGGGUGAGCCUACCAACAAACACACCCCCCCGGUGACCACAGCAGACCAGACCACCAGACCGCCCCCGCAGGCCGCCUCCUCUCUCCCUCGUCUCGCUUCGUCUUCCUCGGGCAGGCAGGCGGCAGGCCAGGGCGCCUUCGCCUCCCGUCCCUCGUCUUCUUCACUCCCCAAGAUGACUCCUCCCGUCACCAUGCCGCCAGGAGGAGGACGGGACGCGGAGCUGUUCUCGGAGCUGUGGCGGGCGUGCGCCGGGCCGCUGGUGGAGCUGCCGCAGCCGGGGCAGAGGGUCUUCUACUUCCUCCAGGGCCACCUGGAGCAGGUGCUUGGUUCCGUGGUGCAACAGCCGUCAGACCAGAAAGUGCUCGCUGACCAGAUCAAGAUGUUCCAGGUGCCAUACAAGAUCCUCUGCAGGGUCGUCAACGUCGAGCUCAAGGCCGAGGUGGAGACGGAGGAGGUCUACGCGCAGAUCACCCUGCUCCCGGAACAAGACCAAGAAUAUCUGCCCUCGUCGCCCGACCCACCUCUGCCGGAGGUCCGCAGGCCCGUGGUCCACUCCUUCUCCAAGAUCCUGACGCCGUCCGACACCAGUACCCAUGGCGGCUUCUCCGUGCUCCGGCGCCACGCCAACGAGUGCCUCCCGCCGCUGGACAUGUCCAUGCCCACGCCGACCCAAGAGCUCAUAUGCAAGGACAUUCUGGGAUCCGAGUGGAGGUUUAAGCACAUCUACAGGGGCCAACCCCGGAGGCACCUUCUGACUACCGGAUGGAGUACGUUCGUCACCUCCAAGAAGCUGGUCUACGGCGAUGCAUUUGUCUACCUAAGGACUGAGGAAGGAGAGCAGCGUGUCGGAGUGCGACACCAUGUGCAGAAGCGCACCGCCAUGCCGUCAUCCGUCAUGUCAAGCCAAAGCAUGCAUCUUGGGGUGCUUGCAAGUGCAUCGCAUGCUCUGCAAACCAAGUCUAUUUUCUUGGUGUACUAUAGGCCAAGGGUAAGCCAAAGCCAGUAUAUUGUUAAUGUUAACAAGUACUUUCUAACUAGUAAAUUGAGAUAUACUGUGGGCGUGAGGUUCAAGAUGAGUUUUGAAGGAGAAGAGGUACCUGUGAAGAAGUUUUCUGGAACUAUAGUUGGCGAUGGGGCUCUUUCUCCGCAAUGGUCAUGUUCUGAAUGGAAGUCAAAGAAGGUCCAAUGGGAUGAUCCCGCAAAUUGUAACGGACCUGAGAGGGUUUCUCCUUGGGAAAUUGAACCGGCUGAUGGUGCUGCUUCUGCAUCAACCAUUAAUGUACCCCUGCAAUCAUCAAUAAGAAACAAGCGUCCUAGGGAGACAACUGAAGACCUAGAUCUUCAGUCACUGAACCCGACUACUCAAGAAUUUUCGCUGUCUGGAAUGCCACGGCAGCAUGACAAAAUAGGUGAUGGUCCCAGUAAUCCCAAUCGUAUGAUCCCUGGAAAUCAAGUUAUUUGGCCAGGUGAGCGUGCAGCUGGUUAUAGUGCCGUGGGCAGUAGCUCUUUUUGUCAGAAACCAUUAGUACGUGAGAGUUGGCUGGAGGAAUUCAACCUUUCAAGGCAGGCGAUGUCCCCUACUUUGUCAGAGAUUUCUCAGAAGCUGUAUCAGGUCACCAGAAAUGACGCCAGAGCUGCUCCUUGGCCUGUACUUCCUGCUUACCAAGCUCAGCAGCCCGCUCUCAGGCUGCCUUGCAACACUGCUCUGCAUAGCUACCGAACUGAAGAGGCUGCACCAAGUUUGCCCAAGGUUACUGAAAAAAGUAAAGAACCAGGAAUGGUUCGUCUGUUUGGUGUGAAUUUGAUGAAACCCACCAGUGGCACUGCUACCGCUGACAACGCAGGUGCCGGAGCAGGGGAAACUUCUGCAAGAGUUGCUGGUCCUUGUGAAGAGUCUGGUCAGGUCUCGGCACUCUCAAGAGUGACAAAAGAUCAUAAAGUUGUGAAUGAGAGCCCCCGAGAAAUCCAAAGCAAUCAGAGUUGCAUUGCAAGAAAUCGUGUGAAGGUUCAAAUGCAUGGAAAUGCUGUGGGUAGAGCUGUGGAUCUGGCAAAUCUGGAUGGGUAUGAGCAACUGAUCCGUGAGCUGGAACAGAUGUUUGAUAUAAAGGACAUCAAACAGAACUUCAAAGUGGCUUUCGCCGACAACGAUGGUGACACGAUGAAAGUUGGAGAUGAUCCCUGGAUGGAGUUUUGCCGAAUGGUGAAAAAGAUAGUGAUCUAUCCCCUUGAAGAAGAGAAGAUGGAGCCUCAUCAGACGCCGAUCUCUGCUGCUGCUGCUGCUCCAGAGCAGGAUCCCAAGACUGAACCUUAGGAGGGGGGGCGCCCAGGCUCGGGCCGAAAGGUGGAUUUUUUGGAGCCUUUCACAGAUGAAGCAUUGGUUAGAGUGGUUACAGAAUAGUCGUAUUGCAGCAGCAGCAGCUAGAUUUGUUGGUUGUCUCAAUCCCUUCCUUCUUCAGAAGCACCCUGAAGAAGGAUUUGAUUGAGAUAAUCUUAGGUUCCCAGAAAGAAAACCGUGAUAAUGUCUCUUUAGUUGGCUCCUCAGAAACAACAGACUGACAAAUUGGUCUCUUCCUGUAGUUUGCUUCAGUUUAGUUUUUAAAAAACAAAAAACUUCAUAGUGUUUAUGGGAUAAUAAUCGUGAGGUAUACAACUCCCCGGUGUGUAAGUUGUGUAUAUGUUAUAUGGGAGAUGACAUUUAGUUUUAAAUUGAACCUUCUUGCUAUGUUA